AUGGCUAUGUCAUCUGAGGAAUCUUGUUCAUACCCAGAUGAGUCAAAGUUGGAGUUAGGCCUUGGCCUGAGUCUUGGUGGCGGUAGCGGUGCAAAGUUGAAGUUUAAGCCUUCGCCGACGGCAGUGGCGGCGGCGGGUCCUUGGGGUCAAUAUGCUAGAAUCUUGACGGCUAAAGAUUUUCGCUCUGUGGUUUCUACUAAAGAAUGUUUAUCUUCUUCAUCUUCAUCUUCAUCUUCUUCCGUGACAAAAGCUAAUAACAAUCCCUUCUGCGGGGUCAAAAGAACUGCUGAACCUUCUUCACCACCCGGCCGGUCUGGCGCAAGCCAGGUUGUUGGAUGGCCUCCUAUAAGAACUUACAGAAUACAGAGCUUGGUAAACCAUGCAAAAUCACCAAUGACUGAAGAAAUUACCUCGGUCGUUGAUAAAUGUAAAAGCAAGAAUACUAUUGUGGACAAGACAAAUUGUGGUAGCACCUUGAACAGAAAUGUUGCUAAGGAAAAAGGGCUUGUCAAAACUUCCUUGUUUGUGAAGGUGAACAUGGACGGGAUCCCAAUUGGAAGAAAAAUAGAUCUGAGUGCCCAUAGCUGCUACGCGACUUUAUCUCAAACACUGGACGACAUGUUUAAACUAAGUGCAGUAGUUGGUGCAAGACGAUCAAAUGCAGAGGAGCAAGUUGUAAAGACAAGACCUUCGACAUUGCUGAAUGGUUCGUCUGAGUUUGUGCUCACCUAUGAAGACAAAGAAGGAGACUGGAUGCUCGUUGGAGACGUUCCUUGGGAGAUGUUUCUUAGCUCAGUGAAGAGGCUUAGAAUCAUGAGGACAGCUGAGGCUAAUGGACUUGCCCCAAGAUCUAACGAAACGAACCGGACACAGUCGAUGGCACAAAUAUAA